AUGUCGGACGACGGUGCUGCCGGCUGCAUGGGCAUCUUCCAAAAUAGAGCUUCGCAAGCUGCUUCACAAAGGACACGGGGGCAUCAGCAUCCUGCACACUCACCAGCCAUCCUACGCAAGCUGAGCGCGCUGCUGUCUUCAGGUGACGCACCGGCGGGGCCCUCCCUUGAGGCCAACGAGCACAGAUGCUUGUGGCGAGUGGAACCACCGGUUCGAAGAGCAGUGUCCAGCGUGGUUUUGUUCCUGGGGCUGGGACAGUGGGUGUUGUGCAAUGUUGUGCAGCUACGGGAGCUUGCGGUGACAGCAGCGAAGAGCAAGAAGAAGAAAGGCAAGAAGGCUGAGGACACCACAGCUCCCGGCUACGACCUGUACAACGAGGCUCCUGGUGACGCGUCCAGCUGA